AAGCAGCGCCUGCGCUCGUGCCCCAAGGACGCUGCAGGAAGCUGUCGAGUCUAGAAACAACACAAGCAGCAUAUGGAGUGGAGAUGAAUACGUGAGAGAAAAGUAAAAAAGCGACAUCCAUUGUCUUGCUGGAUUAUAACGGUGUGUGACUGGCUGAUAGCAGAAGUGCGGCCAUGGCAAUGCGUGAGCUGUUUGAUUCUGAGUGUGGGGGGGUGAACCCCCUAAUGAAGCUGACCAGUCACAUGACCCAGGACAGAGGUCUACGGCCAGAGGGUGCUGUGUGGGAUCAAAGAGCUGGGGCAUCUCCAAGUAUAGCAAAGCCAGUUGAAGUAGCCACAGAUGAUGAGCUUGUUAGUGAAUUUCUGCAAGAUGCAUCCCUUAUCCGUGCCCCUCACACUUUUAAAAUGGAUGACUUGUUGGCAGAGAUGCAGGAGAUUGAACAAGCAAAUUUCCGACAGGCUCCUCAACGAGCACCAGGUGUAGCAGCUCUUGCUCUCUCAGGAGACUGGGUUAAAGAGUUUCUUACAGCAGAAUCACCCACAACUGGUCAACCAAUCUUGGAUCCAACAGAGGCAGACUGGACAAGAGAGUUCAUUGCAGAUCCUGCUGAUCCAGCUGCUCCUGUACGCUGGGCAGAAGAGUAUCUCGAACAAUCUGAAGAAAAACUGUGGCUGGGUGGUUUUGAGAAAGAAGAUGAGACAGCUGAUAAAGCUUGGACAGAAGAAUAUCAUGCAUCUGAUGAACUUCGUGAGGCAGCCAAUGAACUACUUGAGAAAGUAGAUGACCCAAAACUCCACAAUUCCAAGUUCCUCAAGUUCAUUAGACAGAUCGGAGAUGGCGAUGUGACAGUAGAGAACAAUGAAGUACGCCAAGCUGUGCAGGGAGAGUGCUGGGCAGCUCAGACUAAUGAGUCAUCUUUAGAAGCCUGGGUUGAUGAGUUCACUACAAGGGGUUCCCUGUCUACUGAUCCAGAAUUUGAAAAAACCUGUGCUGCUGUUGAGUCAGAUGUUGAUUUCUGGGAUAAACUUCAGGCUGAAUGGGAGGAGAUGGCAAAAAGGGAUGCAGAAUCUCAUCCGUGGUUAUCAGAGUUUGAUGAGAUUAUGACUUCAUCUUAUGACAAAGGAUACCACUUUGAAGAAAAAAAUCCUUUCCUUGAUCACCCAGAGCCUUUUCAAGAGGGCCUUUUGAGGUUGGAGCGUGGGGACAUUCCCAAUGCUGUGCUAGCAUUUGAGAGUGCAGUACAUAAAGACCCUCAGCAUAUGGAGGCAUGGCAGUACCUGGGAACAUCUCAAGCUGAGAAUGAACAGGAAUAUGCAGCAAUUAGUGCUCUCCGCAGGUGUUUGGACUUAAAGCCAGAUAACCUUGUAGCUCUCAUGGCCCUGGCAGUAAGUUUUACUAAUGAAUCCCUUCAUAAACAGGCUUGUGAAACAUUGCGUGACUGGCUAAAGUAUAACCCCAAAUACUCUAAACUAGUUGAGGAGAAGGAGCGAGAAACAGCAAAUAGCAAACCGGACAGGAGAGCAUUUGGCACACUUCUACCUGACUCUCUUUUUUCAGAGGUCCAAUCACUUUUCAUGGAGGCAGUACAUUCUGACCCUUCACAAAUUGAUCCAGAUGUGCAAUGUGGUUUAGGGGUCUUAUUUAACUUAAGUAGUGAAUUUGACAAAGCCAUUGACUGCUUCAACUCAGCUCUUAGUGUUCGACCUGAUGAUUACCUUUUAUGGAAUAAACUGGGAGCCACUCUUGCAAAUGGCAAUCGUUCUGAGGAAGCAGUGGAAGCUUAUCGACGUGCCCUGGAAUUACAGCCUGGUUUCAUUAGGUCACGGUACAAUCUUGGGAUCAGCUGUGUUAACCUUGGUGCUCACAGGGAAGCUGUUGAGCACUUCCUAGAGGCCCUUCGUUUACAGCGCUCAGCUUGUUUGGAGGGAUUACAGGCUGAGGGGGCAUCUGUUUCUGGUGCAACAUCGGAGAACAUUUGGAGCACAUUACGCAUGGCACUUAGCAUGAUGGGGGAAAGUCACCUUUACAGUGCAGCUGAUAAACGAGACCUUGAUACCCUCCUAGAUGCAUUUGGUCUGGAAAGAGACACAGAAUGAGUGAACGAGGGGAACUGGAGCAAAGGAGCUGAGGUAAUCUGUGAGUGUGUGCUCUUUGGGAAAACUGGGUGCUCCAAGAACUAAGGUACAACAGGGCCAUUACUGGUCUAAUUAAAGAGAGGAUGAAGCAGCAGUGAAUUAAAUCUAUUCCAUCUUUGUCUGUGCUCCAGUUCUCCUCUUGGCACUUUUUCUUUUUGCCCUUACAUUUUUAACCACUAAGACCAGCUUCUUUUGUACCUUGGCCAUUUUUCAGGUCUUCAUCCUACUAAGGUCUUCCAUUGUCUGAUCACGGGAACGAGUCUUCCACCUUUCUAGUGAUCCCAGUUGUGAUUUUAUUUAGUUCCUACCACUAAGCUCUUGCAAUUCCUCUUUUACAGUUUUUUUUUUAAUUUUUUUUUUUUUUUUGGGUUUAUCUGCCGCCCACCAGUCUCAUCUCCUUACGCAUCAGUUAAUCCAAAUCCUUUCUUUGCAAUCCACUGUAAUUAGUCCUUCCGCAUUUCUUUGUAAUAUAACGGUUAUUCAUGACAUGUAAAGUAAAACAAGUGUUUGUUAAUUUGUAAAUGUGAUUAAAGGAUAAUUAUUGCCAAAAAUGAGAAACA